GGUGCUUGCGUGUUUGUCGAGUUGAUCCUCGGGGGAGAGGGCGAGCUUUUCCGAGGUCUCUCCUUUGUCCGUCUCGGUUGCCUGUUGCCGAGGGAAUCUUUGACCCCGGUUAUGAAUGAACCACUGCCAGGCUGGUAGCCGACUGGUAGCCACUUUGUGCGGUGCUCCCGACGGAGUUAGCGUGGCCAAGUGUGUGCCUGGCCGACCACCUCUGUACAUACCUAAUCGACUAUGUUCGCGCGUGCCAGGGAAACAUAUUGUAAGACGCGAAUUUUGUCUCAUGGCGAGGGAGCCUUCGUCGUGAGGAUUCGCACUCCUCCCGUACGGAGCACUUCGUUCUGAGUAUAGUUACGGCCGCGGGUUACGUAAAUUCGUAAAAAAAGAACGCGUCGGCGAGUCUCGAUAGUCGGACAUCAUCAGUAUAAUUCUAAAAGAAUCGGAGAAUAAUUAAAAAUAUAGAAACAGGGUGAAAGAGAGAGAGAGAGAGAGAGGAGAAGAGCAGUGCGUAGAACGUCGAAAUGAGGAAGGCAGCGUUCGAUAAACCUAGCGCGCAAAGGAGCGUUUUGAGCACGGCAUACAAUUCGUACGGUAUCGCGUCGAGAAAUUCGAAGGAUGCCGAGUAUCGGUACAGCAGCGUGAAUUACGGCAACGUGCAGGAGAAGAGCUGUCUGCAACGAAGCAUAUCCGCGGAUAAUGUUGUAAUACGUUCCCGCGGUUUCAAACCCUCCGACAGACACGACCCCGUGAAGAGGAAUUUCCUUGAGCAUCUGACUUCGAAAAUACUGCACUUCGACAUGGAGAGCAACAGCAGCACUCCGGUGAACUUGCAGAAACUGCUCACCCCCGCCUCUGACACGGAGGGAAUCAUGCAAUCGAAGAACAGGAAAAUGUUCGCGUCCUCGUACUUUUACGCACCGACGCAUCCGACUGUCGAAGACCAGGUGGAGCUUGCGCGACGAAUUUCGCAUUCGCUGAGCGACGUGAAGAACAUGAAGAGCAAGGGUCAAUCGAUGUACGUGAACAGAAAGAAACGAUCCGUGAAAUGGAUCCACGACGGCAACGGCGUAGAGGACAUGGAGGAGCCCUCCACCCCCGCCCACAGGGAGAAGAUCCCAUUGAAAUGCAUGAUGAACCCGCACGGAAAAGUGUUGGACAUACACGGUAUUCAGGCUCUGGGCGAGGAAGUGAACAUCGAACCGAUGCCGAAGAACCCCGAGAAGCUCUUCAACAUUGUUCGUGACCUGAACACGCAAAAAGGCCGCGGUGCCGAGAUAUUCGCGAAACGUAGGAAAAGAUCUGAGAAAUGGGUUGUAGACACAGACCAGCCUCAAACGCCUAACGUGCAGGGAAUGCCAAAAACACCGGUUUAUCCAAGGAAGCAGGAAAUGAACGGCACUUCGAAGUACUCAUCCGCGUCGCCGUUUUCGCCUCACGCAGUCGAGCCUCUCGACGAGAAGCCGUUCUACAACCCCUUCACCGUGGACCUGUCCCUGAGCGACGCGAAUCCACCCACGACAGACAGGAAUCAUUACCGGUGCAACGGCAAAGACUGCAGCCACCUGACCGAGGUGAAAAAGAUCUAUUUGCGCGAGGUGGCGGUCGGCACCGAUAACGAUUUCCCGGAGAACAAGUAUCGAUCGUCCGUCGUCGAAAAGUCCCGGCGAUCGAGCUUCGAUCCGGACGCGGAUCGAUACGUGAAUCACCACGCGAGGAACGGAAACAAUUACGAGACGGUCGCGGCCCAAUUAACCACUAACAAACGCAAUCACAAAUCGGCCGGCACGAUCGGCAGGUCGAGCUACCCUAACAGACAGAGCUUCGCCACUAACAAAGAGAGCAAAAGCUACAUGAAGGAGCAACGCAUGACCGAGUGCAUGAUCAAUGGGAAAGAGAAGAUCGUGAACAGCCAGCGAGAAACGGAGACCAGGAUCGAUAACGAAGGGAACGAGUACACGCCGGUCCCUGUCAGACAACUGAUACAGGAGUUCGAGAAAACCUGCCGACCGGUUCUCCAGUACAAGCAGAUCAGUCCCAAGGUCAUCCCCAUCGUUCAGCAUUGUCCCGUCGAUAACGAUCUAACGCGAUUCUUCGAGACUCGCAGCUCCGUUAAGUACAAUACCGUCGAGGAUCAUAGGAGAAUGAGUGGUCAACAAGCAUACGAGGACGCCAUGAAGAUUCAGGACCCCCGUAACAACGGCUACGUGUCGACCGACGACACGGAGUACACCAGCGAUAACGAUACCGAUUCGCAGAACGAUUACGGCAGCGAGGAGAUCAUUUACCGCGAAAAAUCCGAGUCGUCUAGCGCCAUGAACGGCGAGCAGGAAUAUUCGUCGAUGUACCACGAAGAGUAUAAUACCUCGGAUCGGCGCCGAUCGGUCACGUCCCAGGAAGUCGAGAACUUCUGCACGAAUGGCGACGGCAAAUACGUGAACACCGAGUCCGACGUGCCUGUCGCGACGAAAUCGUACUUGUUGUCGAUGAUUGCCUCGCAGGAGGACAUCCUGAAGACCAUCAAACACCUUCGCAACACGCCGGUCUUGGACAAUCUGUUGCACAGCGUCACGCCGGACUUUAAGUUGAACGAUAUUUGCGAGGACGAGGACGACGGUAAAAAACUUUACGAGAGCAACACUUAUUCAGGACCGAAGCUCGGCAGUGUUUGCACCCUGGCGAACUAUAACACGGCACCCCGCGGAUGGGAUCAGUCGUUGACCUACUACCGGCCGAUAAAAUUCGAGAAACCGCAGGAAGUUGUAUAUUCUGACUUUUAGGUGUAGCGUACUUAAUUAAAUCAAAGCGCUUGGUAUGUUUCUGACAGUGUAAAUAAUUUGUUUCUCUUUCAAUAAUCGUGUAAUUUAAAUGUACGUUGUUGGCUCAUGCGUUCGCACGUAUCUUCUGAAUUACGUUCUUACAUUGUUCAUCGAAUUGUCGUUCUCCUAUUUCUUGCGAAACUAUGGGAGACGUUUCCUGUACUAAUUAAAAGGUGCAUCGUAAUAAAAAGCAAAUAACAAC